UCAAAACGUUUAAUAAGGUUCAGCGUAUGGCGCCCCGCCGCACCGAACACAGAUAUCAGGAGGAGAGUUGCCCUAGGUUUAACCCUAACCCGUAGGAAAGGAAGAAGACCCUGCCUCUCGAUCUUGGCAGACGGUAGCGAUCAGAGGAGUAGGAACAAGAAGAACCCCUCGCCCUCUCCAGAUUUGGGGGCCGACGGGCAAAGGUAUUGUGUUGCAGCAGCGGCGGUCUGGACGAUAGGAAUGCAGGGCUCGCUUGCUCCCACAGAUCCAGUUGGUGUUACAUCGGACGACCAUGGUGAACAACCUGACAAAAAGAUUGUCCAUGCCUUCAACGACGGAGAAAUCGAAGGCCUCCAUUGGAGUGAUGCUGAGCUCAGAGAACAGAUCCACGUUUAUUUGGACAAGUUGAACUUUACACUCCCUGAUGAAGAUGACGAUUUUUGGUCUAUCUACCAUGAUCAAGAACUUGUAAAGCUCAAUGAACGGCUUGCCCUGCACCGGAUCAGAGCUCACAAGAUAUCAGAGGGAGCACUGCUUGAGGAACUGGUGGAUGCAAAGUUGAUUCAGGAGUACCCUCCAGCCAUUCUUGAGGACGAGGAAUACUUUCAGUGGUAUGAGAAAGAUUUUGAAUGGUACUUUGAUCCCAACUGCUGCAGAUUUGUUGGCUUCCAGGACUACCAGCGCCUAGUCCUUCGUGAUGAUAGACAGUAUCUACGCUGGGGCGAGUAUCAUAAAACUUACAUGACAUACCAAGGUGACCAAGAAUACGUCAAGUUUUAUGAAACGGUAUCAAGUGAAACUAAGUGGCUUGAAAAUUUCGUGGAUGCCAGCAUGAAUGAGUGGCUAAGGUACGAGACGUUGGCAAUGUAUAAAGCAAUGAAAAUCGCAGCAGGCUGCAACAAUAUUCUUCCAACUUUGAUUCACACUGGGUUCAAUGAAUAUCUGUGGGAUGUUAAGUGUAAUGGUACAUAUGAUGAUUAUGCUAGUCUCUAUUUAGAGAUUUGGAAACGGGUUGCUAAGGAAAAGAUGAGUUUUCUAAGUGCUGUGAAAGAAAUACAUGAUCAAGACAUGUGUUCCCCAUGCCUUAUCCAAAUGAAAAUUGAGCUUGGUUGUGCCCCAACAUCUGGUGGGCUGAGAACAAAUUACGAUAGAUAUCUGGCUGAUCUUGAUGGAGAGGUUGAACAAAAUGAAGCCCAUUCAAUAAUCCUGGAGGCGGUUAAAAAAUUUGUUCCAAAACAAAAGACAUAUUAUGAUUAUGUCAUAAAGAAGUUGGAUAUUGCAAGAAAAAACGGUGUAAUACCCCUGUAAAGUAUGCACAAUUAUUUUUACACACGGAUAUUAU